GUAGAUAAAAAAAAUAAUGUCAAUAAUCUUUUCUAACUGUGACCGUAUGUGGCCGGUCAUCGUUUUGUUUAUUCUCAUAUUUAGUAAUUGUAAGCUCAUUAACUUUAAAAAUUUUCUUGAAAAUUAAUUUUUAUUUGAAUUGAACUAUUUGUUAUGAAGCAUGAAGCCUAAAGACAAGAAUGAAUAUUCCACGAUUGUCCCAUGGAUGGAUCCGGAACAGCUUAAUAAAGUUUACUGCUGUCUGUAUAGAGGAAGUUUAAGUGAGAAACGGUGGGCUGUAGAUCAAAUUUCUGUUUGGAAUACACGAUGUCAUCCAUCCUUACCAACUGCAAUUGAAUCAUCUGUCACUUUAGUAAGAGCUGUCAUUCAUGAUAUGCUUUUUGAAGCGAAUAAAACCUUUUGCCAAGAAGAAGACGUUCAAUUGUUAUACAGUAUGGCACUUAUUAGGUUUGUUAAUUUAACUCUCGAACAUCAUCAAAAGGCCAACAAUAAGAUUAGUAUGUCUGUUCUAGCAGCUAAGAACAACAUUCCAGAAUGGGUUCUAGACUUGCGUCAUGAAGCUGUCCAUUCCUACUGUCCUUCUCGCUCCAUUUUGCGCAAUGGUACAGAAUUUGCUUUGCGAUAUUUAGAGAAUACAUUUUGGUCCAAGGUAUCUAAAACUGCAAAGCCACUAAUUAAUCCUCCUUUUAAGCGAGAGGAAGAAGUAGUAAUUUUGAUAAACCGGUACAAGAAUGUGCAAUUUCAGAAAUUUGAAGACAAGAAUUUCAAACGGUCUUUGGGAAAAGAAUUAAAAGUUGUACUUAGAAAAAUAUCUGCAUUAAUUUUUCAUGACAGAGAAAAAUUUAUAGAUAUUUUGGUACGACCAGGAAACUUCACUUCUGCUGAAGAUAUUAUGAAGCUUUCUUCAGAUAAGAGUGUUAUGGCUUUUGUGAACGCUGACGAUGCUCUCUAUGUUCCUCUUAAAUUACAAACAUUUUGGCUUCAAUUACUUAUAACAAUUUAUAAUAAGGAGUUAAUGCCUAUGUUUGUGGUGAAACUGCUGUUGGCUCAUGGCAAGUGUCGUAUUAAACUUUGCCAGAAGGUGGCUUUUGCCUGGGCUUUGCACAUCUUUUUGGGAAAAUCUACUGAAUCUAUUUUAUUUCGUCGUCUCCGAAAGCAAGUGGUAUAUGUAGAUGUACCUAGUCUUGUAUAUGCUUGUGUGAAAAGUGCUACUCCUUACUCAGGGGAUCUACUUAGAAUGAUUGCAACCUAUACUGGAAAUAGUGAAAAAUAUAAGAAAUUAUUUUUUAUACUGUCUCUGUAUCAGGGACAUUACAUUUCUAAGGAAAAUUCAUCUGUAAAACGAAAGAUAGACAUAGACAAAGAUUUUUUCUUCACUGUUGAACAUGCUGAAGAAGAGCUGAAUGAAUUGAGAGCAAAGAAAAUGAAAGAUGAAACGGAUGAGAGUAUUUGGUUUCCUCAACCUGUAUCAUCGGAGUCAUCUAUUAGCUUUAUUGGUGCUGUUAUCAAUCCUGUAAUCACAGGUAUUAAUGCAGAUAAGCAGUCAUCAGAUGAUACAUUGAAGGAGCAGAUAAAAAUCGAACCCUCUGCGGAUGACAAUUUCAUCAUUAUCAACAAAAAUGAUGGUGAAGAAACAACAGGAGAGGAUACACAUGACAAAAAAGCGGGUUCGGAAACAACUAGACCUGAAAAUUUUGAUAUGGUAUACAGAAGAAGGCCAGAUUAAUAGCUCAUCUUUUGUGUUAAAAAGUUUCAGAUGUUCAUGAGAAACAUAAAACUGCAUAUAUCAUACAGUAAAUAUGAGUCUGUACACACUUAAAAUGUUUUCAUAAUCAACUAUUUCAGGAAUAGAAGUUGCUGCCAUUGCAAACAUAAUGGCUUUUUACAUAAAUUGACAAUACACAGUAUUGUUUAUACUAGAUAAAAAUGUAAACACCAUUCAUAUAAUGAUACACACUUUUUUUUUCCCAAUAUUUAUAUAAUAAUUAAGCUCCUGAUUUCGCUUUGUGGACUGAUACAAAACGGUUCAGAAGCAUUAAGUGCUGGAGUUGAUAUACAAGCAAAAGGACAAUGUGACAACAAAAGAAAUUAAAUAUAUCCACAUUUAUGUCACAACAUUUAUUUUUCCUGUACAUGUGUUCAUUCUAUGUACAACCAACUACACAACAGUGAGCCUGCUCAUUGUUUGUGUACUUUUACGCCUAAAACCAUUAACUCAAUUACAUAUAAUUUAUUGGCAAUUUUUUUUAUCCCUAUCUAAUAUGAAACUGGAAUUUUAGUUAGAAAGCCCCCCCCCCUCCCUCCUUUCCACCUAAAAAAUAUGAGAAAUAAAUUCAAUUAGUAAAUGCUACUUAUAAAAAGAUUAACUUAAAAUUUAAGUGGGUUUUAGCAAUAACAAGAAAUAAAUAUUUUGGCACACAAAUGUGAGCUUCACAAAGCAUGAUUUUCUGGCAGAAAACCAGGCAGUGUAUACAUAUUGUGCAGACAUGCAUUAUAAAAUUUAUUCAUUCGCAUUUUCUUAGCAAAUCAUAGUUGCAUAUUUGUAAUUCAUGUAUAUUAUGAAAAUAAAGUACCUUUACU